AGUCACUCCAGAGUCACGGGAUACUUCCCCCAAAGCAUGUGCUCGCCGUGACGUCAUGGCAUCGUUGCUUUCGCCUGUGCUUCGCCUCCAUUCUUCGCCAGUCGCAACGAUUACUGUCUUACUGUUGGCUGUCUGUCGCUGGCACAAUGCCACUUCAUCAUCGCAAUGCCUACUAAACGUGCAAGGAAAAAUCCAUCGGUGGCACAGAAACCGCCUUCCCCUCCGCUGUCCGAGAAGAAUGCCGUCAUCACGCAAGAUAUCCCAGAGGAAGAGGGAGCAAAGCGAGAAUCUACCCUUCGAGAUGAGUCGUACACACCUGAGCUAUUCGACGAAGACGAGGAGAUGCCCGAAGAAACGGAGAAUACUAUCGAUCCCGACACUGGGAAAGCAGCCAAAAGAACGGCGGAAUACGCACUAGGAGGGGGAGGGUACAAUGCACUCAAGUCGUACAAAGGACAGAUGUACUCCGGAAUGGCUGUUGGAGGAUCGCACACCUGGACAUACGACCAAGGGACGUGGAAGGAAACCAAGGAAGAACCCGAUCUCUGGAGAAUCGACUACCAGACGAACAAAAGACGAGCGAGGAAAGCGCCUACAGGGAGUGGUGCGCCAGUGGGAACCGAGUAUCACUGGCUGAUUGUAGGCCAUCAGCAUGUGAAGAAAAUCGAUGCCAAUACGUACGAGACGCACCUCACAGGCUCGAAGUAUAAACUGGCGUACAAGUCCGCGUCAUCGAACGCUUGGUCGAUUCCGACAGUCAAGAAGCAACGGGAGCGGGAAGUCGAAUUGCUGGAUGACGCCAAACAACGCGUCCAGGGACUGCCGCCUGUGCUGGCAUCAGAGAAGGUCAAGGUUGAGAAACGCGAAAAGGGCCAGCAAAGACUCGACAGCAUGUUUGGAAAGGCUGCAGGCGUAAAACGAAAGGCGGAUGAAAAUGCCUGAUACGCGUUGCUUCCGACAAAUGCUACGUGACUAGGCCAUGUCACGUCUGCUUCGGCAUACAAUCUACGGCAAUCAUUCGGAUUUACGGUUCGAAAAAUGAGAUAUGAUAAUCGAUCCAUGAAGAUAUUAUGGACAUAAGCUAAAACUGGCUCGGGCGUAUUCCGGGCCAUAUUUUGCAAAAGUUUUUACUGUGAGGCUAUUCAGCAGGGUCAAAGCAACAAUCUAGAUCCUGCACUGAUGAAACUGCAAGACCGACGCUAUGUAGCAUAGCAACGGAGUCGAGAACGUAAGACAAUUGGAUAGGGCAUGCCCACUCCGUGUACUCUAUUACCCGAAAGCAUAAACCAACCCAAGUAUAGAGCCAGAUCUAGACUCACCCGCGAACAAACAAAUCUCAACCCUCAUGGCACGAUCUAGAACACCAAGAAGAAGUCAAUCUCCGACCCACAAUCUCAUCCUAUUCCUUGGAACCGUGACAUCAUCCACCCCAAACCCAAUAUAAGCUUAACUUUGGCCUCAUUCCAGACCUCCCCUAGACCAUCUACCCGC